AUGAGUCUAAUAGCAGGCUCAUACGAGAAAUUCAUAUGGGGCUUCAAGCUCAAAUCCCUAAAACCUAACCCUGAUUCUCAAUCCCUAACCCUAGCCCCACUCUUCUCCUACCCCUCCCACCUCUCCUCCAUCACCACAGUUGCCACCGCUGGCUCUGCCGCGGCCUCCGGUGGCUCCGAUGACACCAUCCACCUCUACGACAUGUCGUCCGCCACCUCCCUCGGCUCUCUCCACGACCACUCCGCCACCGUCACCUCCCUCUCCUUCUUCACCCCUCCCCAUCUCUCAUUUCCUCUCAACCUCGUCUCCGCCGCCGCCGACGGGUCAUUUUGCAUCUACGAGGCCGACCCUUUUGUCCUCCUCAAGAGCCUUAAACCCCACAGGAAGGCCAUCAACGACGUGUCGUUGCACCCUUCUGGGAAGUUGGCUUUGACCGUUGGAAAAGACGAGUGCUUGUCGAUGAUCAACUUGGUGAGGGGUAGGAGGAGCUUCUAUUGCAGGUUGGGGAAGGAGGCUAGCUUGGUGACCUACGAUGGUUCUGGGGAUAAGUUCUAUAUGGCUAUGGAAGACAAGGUUAUGGUUCAUGAGGCUGAGGAUGCUAGGUUGCUUUGCGAGUUGGAGAAUUCAAAGCGGGUUCUCUGCGUCGAGCCCGGCGAGAACGGAGUUUUAUAUACUGGUGGUGAGGACCGCUGUAUUACAGCAUGGGACACAAACAGUGGGAAGGUUGCAUAUCGCAUUGAGGAUGCACACCCUGCUCGUGUGAAAGGAAUUGUUGUGCUUACAAGCAAAGCUGGUGCUGUAGCCGAUGAUGACCCAUAUCUUGUAGCAUCUGCCUCGUCAGAUGGAGUUAUACGCCUUUGGGAUGUUCGCAUGGCUGUUAAGGAGAAGCCAAAUCCAUUGGCCGAGGCUAAUACAAAAUCAAGGCUUACUUGUCUGGCUGGAUCAUCUCUUAAAUCUUUCAAACGGCCACAGAUUGGAAAAAGCGAUAAAAAAAAGGAGCAUGAUGCAGCAACAGAAGGCGUAUAA